AUGGGCUCUUCUUCUGGUUCAGCUCAGCAACUGGUAUUGCUGGGCAUCAUUCUCCUGGCCACCAAUCCAUUCGGGGUCCAAGCAAGAACACUUAGGAUCUCCAAGUUGGAGAAACUGACCCAGGAAGAAGAAUUUCUGCACAGCCGCCUGCGCAUUGCAGAGUUUGAGGAAAAUGUGUUGAAAGUAAGCGGAGAACUAAAUCUGCAUCAUCGCCUCGGAAAGGAUUGGAUGAUAGAAUUUAAGGUUUCACGAUCUACGGAUGGCGAUGAAAGUUAUGAGAGGAUACUGUUGAUCGAAGUAAACCUUUGUGACUUUAUGAAUACCUACUACAAGGACUUCUUCUACGAACGGAUCAAGGACUAUUCUAAUGCCCCGCGACCUGGCACCUGUCCUCUGCCCAAGGAACAUUACCGUCUGCAAGACUAUCCACUGGAUGUCCGUGUGCUAAAAAAACUAAUGACUCCCGGCAACUAUCGUAUAAAGUAUAAACUUAAAAACGACGAUUCCGUCAUAUUAGCCUAUAGAGCCGAAGUGGAAAUAGAGUAGUGAAUCCAGGAAUUUUGCUGUACAUGUUCAAUUUAUUGCCGUAUUAAUAAACCUAUUCGUA